AUGUCGCCCCCUUCGGCCACCACCACCAAUCCCUCUUCCUCAUCCCACCUCUCCUCCUCCUCCUCCGCCUCGCCAGCCGCCGCCGCCGCGCAGCGCAUGCCCGUGAAGCAAAAGAUGGCCGUCUCGCUCAAGUCGCUCAUGUCGUCGGUGCUGGGCCGGGGGUCGUCCGGCUCCGGCGCCGGCGCGACCCCGGGGGUCACGGAGCUGUUCGCCAAGACGGACCCGGCGCGCGACGGCGACGAGUGCCUGCACGACUGCGACAGCUGCACGGUGCGGUACCCGCGCGGCUUCAAGAUCGACGAGGAGGACCUGCUGUACGGGCACGUCAAGGGCUGGAGCACGCAUGUGCUCGUCGGCACGGGCAAGGCCGACUGGGUGCGCGACGUGGCCGACGAGAAGGGCAGUGUCAUGGAGGCCAUUGACAGGGCGGAUCGCCUCAUGCUCUCCGCCUCCAACAUGCCCACCCCCCACGACACCAGCGACUACUCGGAGCCCACCACCGUCCUCCUCCUCCCCGCCUUCACCCUCGUCCAAAACGUCCACCCGCGCAACGUCCCCACGCUCCUCUCCCAGAUCGUCAGCAACGCGCCCACAAACACCUCGCCCCUGCGCCUCGAGAGCCAUCCGCCGCUGCCGCGCUCCAUCCCCAGCCCGGACCCGUCCUCCGUCCCCGACCUCCUCACCCGCCCCUGCCCCCACAGCGCCGUCAUCCUCAUGUGCAGCCAGAAGACGCGCGACGCCCGCUGCGGCCAGAGCGCGCCCCUGCUGCGCAAGGAGCUCGAGCGCCACCUGAGGCCCCUCGGCCUGUACCGCGACCUGCACGACGAGCGGCCCGGCGGGGUCGGCAUCUACUUCAUCAGCCACGUCGGCGGGCACAAGUACUCGGCCAACGUCAUGAUCUACCGCCGGCCCAACGCCUUUGGCCAGGACGACGAUGACGCCGUCGUCGAAGAAGAGACGCACGACCCGCAGAGCUCAGCGUCGGAUCAUCCCGCGCCCAACGGCAACGGCAACGGCAACGGCGAGGCCAACGGCAACGGCAAGCCCGCCAACGGCGACGCCAAAGCCGACCUCGGCGCCGGGCAGUGCAUCUGGCUCGCGCGCGUCAAGCCCGAGGACUGCGAGAACCUCGUCCCCAGCUGA